AAUAGCUAUGUGUACACAGUUGUAUGUAAAUUCGUAAAUAAAAUGCACCAACAUAUGAUGAUGCUGUGAUCUCGUGGAACGCAUGCAGUUGUAAAUAAAUUUAAAUGUAACUUUGUAACUACAAUAUAAAUAGUUCAAAGGUUCUAACUGUGAUCAUCUGUACUGACUUCAUAAUGAGCAUGGCAGAUACGCACACAUACUCUAACCCUAGAAAGGGUUCAACAAGACGGGCUGCCUCUUCACACAUCCCAGUCCCUAUUAACAGACACAAGGUGAAAGAAUUACAGCAUCGGCAUAGUGCUCCCGAACCCUCCCGUCUGCUGAUGAUGCGGAACCAAUACCAACAGCAACUUCUUCAUGAGAAAGAAGCCAAGCUGAUCCAAAUGUACCAGGAUAACCAGGAUGCAGCUCUUGGACGGGUAACUGGAAGUGGUGCGGCCAACAAACGAGGAAUUGUCCGAGAUUUUUUCAGGGAGCGCCAUGAGAUAGAACAGUCCAACUCUGCUUCUUCGUUGGAUAGAACUGAACAUUUUCAAUGGAAGAAGCGGCAAAACCAAGGUGAGCUGGACAGGAUGGAGAAGGAGAAAGAGACACAGUUGCAUCGCUUGAAACGAGCAAGCAGUGAGCGAAUACUGUCCCAGCAUCAACGGACUGGUUUGAGUCGCUCCAACCCCUUGGCCCCGCUCAAAAAAGGGCAGUCACAAAGCAUGAACAGUUUGCAGCAGCAACAAAGCCAAGACAUGCUGUAUAAUGAGCCAUCAGCUCAACGAUUUGGUUAUAAUCGCAAACAUGUACAGUUCAGUGAACCCACCAGUAACCAAACUGAAACCCAGAAUAAAGCAGUGCCACACAAAGUGAAGAGGAGUUCCAAAGCUCAAAUCAAACCAAAAUCGGAGCCAGCAACUUCAGAUCUUAGAGGAGAAAGUGAGAUACCUGUCAGAAGUAAGAGUAAGAAGAUCAUUGAACAGCCAGACAAGCUGAGGCACCAAGUUAAACCAAGAUCGGAACCCUUACCAAGGAUUGUCGAUUCUGAUUAUCAAGAUAACACAGGCUAUGAUGUAUCCCAAGAAAGAAAGCCACAUUCUCAGUCAAAAAAGAAAAGUGGAAACAUUCCCAAGCCAAAAUGGAAGCCUCCUGCAACAUACUCUGACGAAGAUGAAGAUGAUCAGUCACCUCCCCCAUAUUUUCCCAAAGCUGCCCAAGUCAAAAGGAAACAAGACCAGUCCCCAAACACAAAGAGGCAAAGUCGAAGUACCAAACAAACGUCCGACUUCCAAAAAUGGCAGUUGGAACAAGACCUCGAACGGGCAAACCGGUUGGAAAGGUAUAACAAGGAGUCAGAGAGCAAACGUGAGCUUGAGCCUGACUAUCUUUUUGACCGUGAUAUGAAAGAACAGAAAGCUAUACAGCGGCAGAGAAAGAAGGAAUUAGAUGAAGCGGAGCAACACCAGAGAUACAUGACAGACCUGGAAGAACAAAUUGCCAGGAAGCAGCUGGAGCUGAGUAAGCUGGAUCAGGAAUCAAAUGCAGAACUGAGCUUAUCCCCUCGGCAAUCAAAACCUAAAACCAAGUCAAAGACAAAGUCAAACCAAUCUGCUCAGUAUUCAAAACAAGAGCCUUUCUCUCCGAACCAAAUGGAGUUUGGUCUUUCAAAUGAAAGCCCAAGAUAUAAUGAAACAAGUUCAGUUGCUUCUAGUGAAGCCAUUGUGUCUAAACCUGUGAAAGUUCAACGCAGCAAACGCAAAUCCAACAUUAACCACAAUAAGCCAAAAGAGAACUCAACGUCUGUUUCUAUCCAAGACGAUGAUGAAAUGCCAGAGUUAUCAACAGCCAGUUACUACGCUGAGUUUGCUGAUACGUCUGAAGAUGCAGUUGUAGACUUGGACCUCGAGGGCUGUCCUAUUUGUGGACGGCAGUUCGCCCGAGACAGACUCAGAAAGCACGCCAAAGUUUGCCAAAAGACAGCCAAGAAGAAACCCAGGAAGGUUUUCGACGCAAGAAAACAUCGUCUUGAGGGAACAGAGCUUGCUGGUUAUGUGGAACAUGGGCAACACAAGGAGGAUGAAAGACCUAAGAAGAAAUCCAACUGGAGAGAGAAACACAACGAGUUUAUCCGUGCCAUUCGAGAUGCCAGAGAGUUUCAAAAUCACGUCGCCAAGGGUGGGGACCCUCGGGAUCUCCCUCCCCCGGCCGCAACUACGCAUUCAGACUACAAGCAGUGCCCUCAUUGUCAACGCAGAUUUGAUCCCGCUGUGGCUGAGAGACACAUCCCUAAAUGUAAGCAAAUCAAGAGCCGACCUGCACCACCCAAAAAGACCGGUAGACGCUGAAUCUUAUAUAAUAUUAUACAAAUAAUGGACGUUUGUGAGUGCAGUGGUAAGAAUAAUUUCAUGAGGUGACAGAUGAAAUGUUCCAUUCCA